AUUUUUGAGUUCUUGCACUUUUGUUUAUGUUUACGUUUGAUAACCUAAAAAAGGAUAUUAAAAGUGAAAGACUGAUAACUUUCUAUUUAUAACUAUUUUAUCUGUUUGAAACGUUUGCAAUUAAUAACAAUUGUGAUAAUUUACAAAAUGGAUUCUUUAAAACCAAAAAUAGUUACUGUUGACAAAAGAAAUUACAGAUUUCCUGAUAGUUCUGCUUGGACUCAAUAUCGAAAUGUCGGAACUUAUGAGGAGGAAACAUCAGAACGAUCAGAACCUAUUUAUGAUUCUGAUGAAGAAUCCAAUGAAAGUAAUAUUGAAAUUAAACCACAUUUCGGAGGACGAUUUAUACAUUCAUUUCAUGUGCCCAGGGCAUUUUACGCAUUUAUAAUUGGUUCGAAAGGUGCGACUAGAAAAAGAUUAGAAGCUGAGACAAAAUCAACAAUAAAUAUACCAAAAGUGGGACAAGAUGGAGACAUAGUAAUCAUCGGCAGAAGUCGUAGAUCAAUUAUUUCGGCCCGAAAUCGAAUUGAUUUACUGGUAGAAUCGUCAAGAAAAAAAGUACAAUUCACACAUUUUUUAUCUGUUCCAUUAACAGAUAAGAAUGUAAUUCAUGAAUUUAGAGAAUUUCAAAAGGACGUAUUAAAUAAAACCGGAAAAGGAGCGAGAGGAAUAAGUGAUUCACUUUUUCAAAGUGAAGAGAGACUUCAUCUCACUCUUGAUGUAUUGAAAUUAUUAGAUGACAAUGAAAGGAAAGCAGCAGCAAAAAAAUUGCAGGAUUGCAAAAAAGAUGUUAUAGAUCCUUUCCUUAAGGCUAAUGGACCAAUAAAUCUAGAAAUAAAAGGAGUCGAAAUCAUGAAUGAUGAACCUUCAGAAACUAAAAUUCUUUACGCAAGAAUAGUUGAUUCGGAGCAAACUUUCCAAACUUUAGCCGACAAUAUUGUCGACUAUUUCGUUAAGGAUGGUUUAAUUAAUCGAAAAUACAGUCGUGUGAAAUUACACAUGACAAUAAUGAAUAUGAAAUUCGCCUUAAAAGAUGACAGUGAAGCAUUAAAAGGCGAUUGGGGUUCAUUUGAUGCUUCAAACAUACUGAAAGUCCACAAAAAUACUUAUUUUGGAAAAAUGAAAUUGUCGACUAUUCAUUUAUCUCAAAGGAAUACCAGGAAUGAAAUCGGUUAUUAUAAGGAUACAUCAAAAAUUGACGUUUAAUGUUCUUUCGACGUGAAAUUAAUAGUAUCCUUUUGUGGAAAACUUUACUGAUAUCAAAUAUUGUUCUUAUAUAAUUUUGAUAAUAUUAUAAAUAUUAUUGAUAAAAUAAUAAUUAAUGUAAAUAAUAAUUUUUAUGUUCCUUUAAUUUUCGAAUUUUAAAAAAGUAGGCUUUUUUAAUGUCUGUUUAUUAUUUUUUAGAAUUUUAAAUUCCAUUCUAAAUAAAUUAAGAAAAAAGAAAUAAUUUUAACUUUUAAAAUAAAAAGAAUAGCGCACGCGCCUUUAGAAAGUUUAUACUUGGAGGUUAUGGAAAUAAAAACAUUGUGCGAAGAGUAAA